AUGCCGAGUGCUAGUCUCGUUUCUUCCCCCACAAUCGACCUUGGUCUUGCCAAAGGCAGGAGUGUUUCAACAAAGAUUGUCCAAACCGCAGACUUAGUACACCCCGAAGGAUCCAUCAUAAGUCCAGCGACUCGCGCCACUCUCAACUUCCAGUAUGCAUCGCUGAGAAACAUCAAUCACUGUCCAACUGGCAUGUACAUUACUCCUUCUGUGGAGAGCACCCUAGUCUGGGAUGCCGUUCUCUUUGUGCACAAAGGAUACUACCAGGAUUCUGUGCUGAAGUUCACCGUAACGUUUCCCAACGACUAUCCUGAACGACCACCGACAGUACGGUUCUUGACGGACAUUUUCCAUCCCCUCGUCGACCCCCGGACUGGAGCUUACAGUCUUGCACCUCGGUUCCGACCAUGGAGACCCAAAGAACAUCAGAUACAUCAUAUUCUGCAUUUUAUGAAGAGCACGUUCAAGGAGCCCACUCUAGACAAGCUUCACGAGGAAGAUGUCUUAAACAAAGAAGCUUUCAACCUCGCCACACUAGAGAAUAGUAUUCACGUUGUAGACAGCUAUCGCGACAAUCGAACGUCUUUCGCGACGUUAGCAAAGCAAUCCGCAGAGCUCUCUCAAUCUCCCAGUGCUCUCUAUGACACUUCAGGUUCAAAAAAGAACCACUCGUUACGGUUCACCCCUUUGAAACCAAACGAAGUUGACCAAGUACUCGGAACCCUUUCCGUUCAUACAGAAGAUUCAAAAUGA